CGCGGGCUCGGCAACCUCGGCGCAGUGAGCGCGGGCAGUCAACCAGGGCCAGGGGGCGGUGGCGGCUACUGUCCGGCCGGGUUCCCGCUGCUCCCGGCCCCCGCUCCGGGCCUGCCGCCGGCGCUGCUAUGGGCAAGAAGCACAAGAAGCACAAGGCCGAGUGGCGCUCGUCCUACGAGGAUUAUGCCGACAAGCCCCUGGAGAAGCCCCUGAAGCUAGUCCUCAAAGUCGGAGGAAGUGAAGUGACUGAACUCUCAGGAUCCGGCCACGACUCCAGUUACUAUGAUGACAGGUCAGACCAUGAGCGAGAGAGGCACAAAGAAAAGAAAAAGAAGAAGAAGAAGAAAUCCGAGAAAGAGAAGCAUCUGGACGAUGAGGAAAGGAGGAAGCGAAAGGAAGAGAAGAAGCGGAAGCGAGAGAGGGAGCACUGUGACACGGAGGGAGAGGCUGACGACUUUGAUCCUGGGAAGAAGGUGGAGGUGGAGCCGCCCCCAGAUCGGCCAGUCCGAGCGUGCCGGACACAGCCAGUUCUUGCUGGAGCUUAAAAUGCUGUGAGACACCAUACAGACAGAUACUGUGAACUUGGAGCUCUCUAAUGAAGGGAUACCAAAGUCUUUGUAUUCAAUUUUUUUUUUUCCUUAAAUUGUCAGCCGAAAAUGAGAGCACACCUAUUCAGCAACUCCUGGAACACUUCCUCCGCCAGCUCCAGAGAAAGGAUCCCCAUGGAUUUUUUGCUUUUCCUGUCACGGAUGCAAUUGCUCCCGGAUAUUCAAUGAUAAUAAAACAUCCCAUGGAUUUUGGCACCAUGAAAGACAAAAUUGUAGCUAAUGAAUACAAAUCAGUUACGGAAUUUAAGGCAGAUUUCAAACUGAUGUGUGAUAAUGCAAUGACAUACAAUAGGCCAGAUACCGUGUACUACAAGUUGGCGAAGAAGAUACUUCACGCAGGCUUUAAGAUGAUGAGCAAAGAGCGGCUGUUAGCUUUGAAGCGCAGCAUGUCGUUUAUGCAGGACAUGGAUUUUUCUCAGCAGGCAGCUCUUCUGGGCAAUGAGGAUACAGCUGUUGAGGAACCUGUCCCUGAAGUUGUACCCGUACAAGUAGAAACUGCCAAGAAAUCCAAAAAGCCGAGUAGAGAAGUGAUCAGCUGCAUGUUUGAGCCUGAAGGGAACGCCUGCAGCUUGACGGACAGUACCGCAGAGGAGCACGUGCUGGCGCUGGUGGAGCACGCGGCUGACGAGGCCCGGGACAGGAUCAACCGGUUCCUCCCAGGUGGCAAGAUGGGCUAUCUGAAGAGGAACGGGGACGGGAGCCUGCUCUACAGCGUGGUCAACACGGCCGAGCCGGACGCUGAUGAGGAGGAGACCCACCCGGUGGACUUGAGCUCGCUCUCCAGUAAGCUGCUCCCAGGCUUCACCACGCUGGGCUUCAAAGAUGAGAGAAGAAACAAAGUCACCUUUCUCUCCAGUGCCACUACUGCGCUUUCGAUGCAGAAUAAUUCAGUAUUUGGUGACUUGAAGUCGGACGAGAUGGAGCUGCUGUAUUCAGCCUACGGAGAUGAGACAGGCGUGCAGUGUGCGCUGAGCCUGCAGGAGUUUGUGAAGGAUGCUGGGAGCUACAGCAAGAAAGUGGUGGAUGACCUCCUGGACCAGAUCACAGGUGGAGACCACUCCAGGACGCUCUUCCAGCUGAAGCAGAGAAGAAACGUUCCCAUGAAACCUCCAGAUGAAGCCAAGGUUGGGGACGCCCUAGGAGACAGCAGUGGCUCUGUUCUGGAUUUCAUGUCGGUGAAGUCGUAUCCCGACGUCUCUGUGGAUAUCUCCAUGCUCAGCUCUCUGGGGAAGGUGAAGAAGGAGCUGGACCCCGAUGACAGCCAUUUGAACUUGGAUGAGACAGCCAAGCUCCUGCAGGACCUGCACGAAGCACAGGCAGAGCGCGGCGGCUCUCGGCCGUCGUCCAACCUCAGCUCCCUGUCCAACGCCUCCGAGAGGGACCAGCACCACCUGGGAAGCCCUUCUCGCCUGAGUGUCGGGGAGCAGCCAGAUGUCACCCACGACCCCUAUGAGUUUCUUCAGUCUCCAGAGCCUGCGGCCUCCACCAAGACCUAACUCUAGACCACCUGCAGCUCUUUUGUUUCAUUUUUUUAGUUUUAUUUUGCAUGUGUAGAGUUUUUGUCAUCGGACAAGGACUUUGAUCUUCCCCCUUUGGCAUGCGGGAAGCAACCCUGGGGAGGUAACGAAUUGUCUGUGGUAUCAUGUCAGCGAGAGAGUCUCUGCACAGCCCCGUGAACCCAGGGGAGUGGAGUCAUGCGUGAAGGGCGUAUGGCCGGGCCGCAGAACUGUGUGCAAUCUGUGUCCAAAUAUCACGUGUGGCUCCAGCCCUUGUUUCUGCCAGUGUAGACACCUCUGCCCCCCUGUCCUGGGGUCGCUCUUGGGAGGCACGGGCAUGGGUGCGUCUGGCCGCCUUCUGUAUCAGUCCUGCGUGUUCCUCUCAUCGUUUGUGUUUCCCAGGCAGGCCGUGGUAGGGGCCUCGCAGGGGCCAGUGGGGAGCGCAGGGCCAGGCUGGGGUGAGGAGAGCCCCCCCGUUUUCUGGGCCAGUGGGGAGCGCAGGGCCAGGCUGGGGUGAGGAGAGCCCCCCUGUUUUCUGUUCAUUUGAUGAGCCUGAGAAAGGAGUGCUUCUGCCUGCCCGUUACAGUGGAGCGUUCCGUGUCCAUAAAACGUUUUCUAA